CAACACCAAUGACAUGCACACUUUCCAAAACUAACAGACCGGCAAACAGCUGAGUUUGUUGUUCUCGUUUAACUUGAUUAUUUAACACGCUUAAAAAAUGAAUUUUAUGUGGAAAGGACGCCGGUUUCUGAUCGCAGGCAUCCUGCCAACUUUCCAAGGCGCCGCAGAUGAAAUAGUCGAUAAGGAAAAUAAAACCUACAAGGCCUUUCUGGACCGUAAACUACCAGAGGAAACGGGACUGGAGCGCCUCAAACAAAUGUUUUCAAUCGACGAGUUUGGCAGCAUAUCCUCCGAGCUUAACUCUGUUUAUCAGGCCGGCUUCCUGGGAUUCCUCAUUGGAGCAAUUUACGGCGGAGUUACACAAUCGCGCGUGGCUUAUAUGAAUUUCAUGGAGAACAACCAGGCCACAGCCUUCAAAUCGCACUUUGAUGCCAAGAAAAAGCUGCAAGAUCAAUUCACAGUCAACUUCGCCAAAGGCGGCUUCAAAUGGGGCUGGCGAGUAGGACUUUUUACCACAUCCUACUUCGGCAUCAUCACCUGCAUGUCGGUGUACCGUGGAAAAUCCUCAAUUUACGAAUACUUGGCCGCUGGUUCCGUCACCGGCUCGCUGUACAAAGUGAAUCUGGGUCUGCGGGGCAUGGCGGCAGGUGGAAUCAUUGGAGGUUUCUUGGGCGGCGUGGCUGGUGUGACGUCGUUGCUGCUGAUGAAGGCAUCCGGGACCUCGAUGGAGGAGGUUCGCUACUGGCAGUACAAAUGGCGACUCGAUCGCGACGAAAACAUUCAACAGGCGUUCAAAAAACUGACAGAGGACCAAAACCCAGAGCUUUUCAAGGCCCACGACGAGAAAACAUCCGAACAGGUAUCGCUGGACACGAUCAAGUGAGUCGCGAAGGCUUAAAGAAGAAGCCAGUGUAAACUUAGUUGUUUUUUUAAUUUAAAUAAAUUGCAUAUAUGUCCAUCUAAAGUUACAUAGACAAGAAUACAUUUAAGGAAGCCCACUUUGGCGGCUGCUAUGCGAUGUUUCAGUUGAUGCCUAGUGCCUCUAAAGAUAUCGACUGGCGUACGGACAAAUAUAGACACGGGACGACAGAUAGACACAACACAAAAGAAAUGAACGUUUGGAUACAAUAAAUUAAAUGCUCUGCUAGGAAACAGUACGCAGAAGGGGGAUAAAUAGAAUUGACUCGGUGGGAUCGGGAUUCAGACUUAGUCCUCGGCGGUGGGACGCGUGAGACGCUUGGCGCCUCGGUUUGGUGGCCCCUUGGGCUUGGCAAAAGCCGGUCGGUGUAGAAUCUUCUUUGGGUGCAGCUCGUCCUGCAGGAAGGCUUCGGUCAGCUCGCUGCCGCUGUCGAUUUCAAGCUAAAAUGUAAAACGUUAUUAUCAAACAUGAAUCAGAUUUAGUAUGAUUUAAAAUUACUUAUCAUUUAUGAUUUGCACAAUGUAAUGAUUUACUUUUCAAGUAAAAAGUGAGACAUAUGACCUUAUUAUGAUUCAAAAUAUUUUUAGAGAUCGUGAAUCAAAAGUAUAAUGAAUUUGGCGAUUUGAAAGCAAUAAAUAAAUCACAUACAAUAUA